UUGAAUAGUUAAAAACGCGAACUUUCAAAAUGAGCGAUGUACUGCAAUCCUUGCCGUUUCCGGUAUAUAAUGAAAUGGUGCAACCAUUCCUGUCUGAGGAGGACGAGGAGCGCGAGCGUCGGCACAUUGAGAAAGUGCAGAAGGCCUUCCAGUCCUACAGCAAAUACGCGUAUCGGCGCCUUAAUAGAACGGAGGCAUACCUUAACAGUCUGUCAGCUGAUGAUCAGCAACUGCUCUCCAAUUACCGUACACAUCUCGACAGCGUCCGCUUCUGCAUCGAAAGUAACCAGUCUGUGAUCAAAGAGAUUUUGCGUGACCUUGUGCUCUACCCCAGUGGCGAGAAGGGUUCGCCAUCGCCCACCGAUGACUAUGAGAACGAGGACAUGGAACAAAAAGUUGUUGUUGGUGACAAUGAUGAUGAUGAAGUUGUUGAACAUAUCAAAAUUUUAAAGGCCCAGUCAACAUUGAAGGUGAUUGCGCGCGAUUGGAGCGCUGAUGGCGCCCUAGAGCGCGAACAGUCCUACAAACCCAUAAUAGAUGCCAUCGAGGAAUACUACAAUCCCAGCGAAUACAAUUUGAAUGAGAUCAAGAUUCUAGUGCCAGGUGCUGGCCUAGGUCGCCUUACCUACGAACUAGCCUGUCGGGGUUACGCCUGUGAAGGGAACGAGUUCUCCUACUUUAUGCUAAUUGCUGCCAACUUUGUGCUGAAUCUCUGCGAUUAUGAGAACAAAUAUGUUCUAUAUCCGUGGGUGCAUCAGUAUGUAAAUAAUAAGCAUCGGGCCGAUCAGGUGGCAGCCGUACGUUUUCCGGACGUCUGCCCGGUACUGAAUCCGCCCAAAGGCCACAUCGAGAUGGCUGCCGGUGACUUUCUAGAGGUCUAUAAGACAUCAAAUACGUACAAUUGUGUGGCCACAUGCUUCUUCAUCGACUGUGCCAAUAAUGUAAUCGAUUUCAUACGCACCAUUUAUAAAAUUCUCGUCCCCGGUGGCAUUUGGGUGAAUCUCGGACCCCUGCUGUAUCAUUACAGCGAUUUAAGCGAUCAGAAUAGCAUCGAACCAACCUACGAGGAUUUGGUUAUUAUUAUGGAGAGCAUUGGCUUUGAUAUUCUAAAAGCGCGCACGGGCUUGCGCACCAAAUACGCACAGAAUCCGAAAUCGAUGAAGCAAAGCGAAUACGAGAGUCUCUUCUGGUUGUGCAGGAAGCCAACGAAGUUCGAGAACGAGCAAGCGACACGUCGUCGCAAUAGUGCCUCCCAACAGGAGCCAACCGAUCUUAUUGUGAAUCAGGAUCAGCAGCAGGAACAGAAGAGCGACAUGGUGCCGCAAUUACUGGAAGACAAUCACUUUGAGACUGAAGAAGAGAAGACGAAGCAAGCGUCUGAUUUGCAAAUGUGAUACACACAUACACAUAUACACUGACAAACAUGUAAAUAUGAAAACACACACAUAUAUCUAUAUGUAUAUAUGUAUAUUACCAGCCCACCACCCAUUUACCAUCCCAGACGCAAUUCUUGCCAAAUGAUUCGAGUGCUAGAUUCCACAGGACGAUUAGUUUAGUUAUCGACUAAGUUCGAUAAAGAUAAACCAAAUAUUGAGUACAUUAUUUAGUUAAUAAAAAACAUUACUCCCA